AUGGCCAGCACGUGCCAACACGCGCGCACGCGCAACUCGGCGGGGAUGCAUCCGCCGGCGCUGCAGCUUCAGGAUCGGGACGUGCCCGAUCGACCUCCGCCCCCGUCACUCGGGCGAGGAUCCGACCAGGCACUUACGGUAGUGACCCCAACGUCACAAGCCAACAUUCUGGGCACCAGCACCCUCGCUUCGUGUCUAGAUGACCCCCUCUCCGCUGGCCCCUACGAGGCUUCGAUCACUAUGUCCGCGCUGUCUUCGCGCCGUCUGGCUUUGCCGGGGUCCCGGCCGGUCCCGUACCGGUUCUUCGUCGACGAAGACGCCCGUUUGUUUGCUGUGGUACCCGGCAGGGCGGGCGCCAUGCUGCCUUUCCAAUUUCCGGAACGCGACGUGCAUAAACUUCAGAGCAUUGGCUCCCGGGGCUCCCAGACGCCUUGCCCGGGUCCUGCAACGUCCCUGACGCCUCCUGACAACCUAAAACUUGCCUCAACGCGCGCCUGUGGUUUACGAGACGAAGAUGCGAUUGUUUUUGUACCCGGCAGGGCGGGCGUUACUCUGCCCCACCAGGUGUCACUCCACGAUCUACAAGGGCACGAGAGCAAUGGAUCUCCGGGUGCUACCACGUAG